CAUUUGUUAUUCACCUCCAUCAUCCGAUGGAAGAUGGAACACCCAACGCUUUCUCCAGCGCUACCUUUCGCGAGCGAGACAAGGCUGUACAGCGCAAGCACGAUGAAGACACUCGCUCCUUCAAAGUAAUGCUCGAUAAAGCGAAUCAUGCUAAUGCGGGGCUACGAGCUUCACUAUUUGACUUAAAGAAUCGGUCGAAUCGUUUGGUCCAGAGCCUUGGCUUUAGUGAUCUCAUGGAAGCGCAGGUGCAUGUUGAUGCUGGAAACUCAGCAAACAGGCAAAUGAAAUAUAGAGACUGUUUGAAGACAAUUGGAAAUCUCGAGGACGAGCUGAAGCAAGCAAAGAUUCUGAUUGUGAAGAUGGAGAACAGAGAAAGAGAGCUUGAGGAGGAAUACACGACGCUGAGAAAGGCAAAAGAUGAGAGCGCCUCCGCCUAUCGUCAACUCUGCAAAGAAAACCAGAAUCUCCAAGAAAGGUUUGAUGCCACCAUCAAAGCUAAUUGCGCGGCUGAGGAGCGUCGGAGAAAAGAUUACGACAAAUGGACACAUUUCAAGCGCUGGAUCCUAUGUGUCGCUGAAUUGGAGCAGUUCAAACAGUACGAGAAGGAGGUUGGGCUUGACAGAGUGGAUAGAGGGGAUAGAGCAAAAGAACUUUUCAGGAUUGUGAAGGGAAAGAAGUAUAAGCUCUCACAACUAGACAGUUUGGAAGAUCAGAUGCUAUUCGAUCUAGCUGAACAAGAUUCGAAUGAGUCUCGCAUGGUCCCAACUCCCGCUUCAAUCAUCCGAACUGAGAACACGAACACAGCGAAACUCCCCUCUCUCACGCCCUUCAGCCCUUCUUCAAAGGCCAACAAACCGCUCAAUCAUGAUAAUUUGUCACCAUCACCAUUAUUCGAUCCAAAUACGACAGUGAUUCCGGCUCGACGUCUGAUUAGGUCUUAUGCGAUCAAGAGUACACCUGACUCUCCUUCUGUGGAGGGUCACACCGGACUUGAUCUCCCAAUAAUCGGUGCAACCGUUGACGGCAAUGGCCAAGAAUCAGUUGGUACUUCAUUAGUCACUGCGCCAACUAAUGAAGAAACUCUACCUCCUCAACCAUCGACUGCAAAUUCUGCUCCACAUGCGUCAGCAAUACUUGCUCCUGAUUCUGAGACUGAAGAUGAAUCACAGUCCCUUCGGUGGUCUCAGUUUCCGCCACAUGCGAUCAUUACCGCCCCCGUCACUGAUCGCUCUCGGACUCCAUUACGAUGCUUACCUCAAACAAAUCCCUCUAAUGUCCGAGCUGGACCACUGAAACCAAUUGCGCAUCCUGGUUCUGCCACCUAUUCUUGUCCGACACCACGAAUAGUAGCCAGCUCUGAUCAACCCACCACCAACUUGAACGCGUAUAUUCCACAACCCCAUCGGCCGCAACGAAUUCGUUCUCCGAUGCUUGCAUCUAUCCGUAGAAAUGCCAAUGCGAAAGCCUCUAGCAGCUCUAGCCACGCCGAUAGCUCCCCUCCCGCUCGAAGGUCCCCGCUGUCCCCGCUGUCCCCCACGCCCGUGUCAAGGAUCCGCCGAGCAAUCUCACCCAUAUUGCCGGAACUGGAAAACGAAGACAGGCUUGAUGAACAGGGAUCUGAGCUUCCUCCCACUAAAUACCGCAAGUCGACUGCAGGACGUCGGAUACCGAGUGGCAGUGACAACGCCGCUGGAAAAGAUGAUGACCGUUUCCGAAGGAAAAGUGCUCCUAGUGCCCUAACCUUUGAGGAGAACGAACAUGCUAACUCCAGUCCUUCUACCAUGCGACAUGCCUUAGUGAGCCGAAAUAAGAGUCGGAGUCGGAGUCGAACUACUAAGGGAAAAGAGGAAAGGGAUUAUGACAACUACAAGGAGAAUGAGAAUACUACUACUGUUGACAACAAGCUGCAGCCUUCACAUUCAGAAAGACGGAAGAGCGCAGGAGAUCGAACAACAUCGGGGCUGGCUAGAGCCAAAGCAAGGACGGGGGAAGUGAAUGUUGUCGCUUCUACUUCGAAAUCUACUCCAAAGGGCCCUCUGGACGACUAUCUGAUGUAUAAGGGUCGGGGGAGGUACGGUAAGAACGAGAUCCGAGGAGAGGAAGACACCGCAAUCAAUGGCAUGUACGAGAUCAACCCCGCCCAGAAUGCGGGGCUUGAAUACCAAUAUGACGAGGUCGUGAGAGGGAGGGAGAAACGGAAACGGCUUCUUGGUGAGGAUUGCGACGACUGUCGAGAGUACUAUGAAGCCGUAGGUCCCAUGCCUCCACGUUUACAACCUCCUUUAUGGAAGUCUCCAGUCAAAGACAGUCAUAAUCCUGAUCCCUUAUCAAAACGCUGUCCUCACCACCGAGUCGGGACCAUGAAAAAGGGAAGUAAUAACAGUGAAGCCGAUGAUCACAUCUUCGGCGACCUCGACUCUCCUUCACCCAGUAAACGCAAUCAAUCAUCAAAAAGAAACCAGCAAAUCAGAAGUACGCCUUCGACCUCUGCUCCUGGAAUAGCUGCCCAUAAACAGAACAUAUCCCGACAUAGAGCUGUAUGGGCACGAGGGAAUACGCCGCCGGCAUAUUGGGACAUUGGGUUCCCGGAUACGCAGAGGGCGGAGGAGAUCAAUGAAAGCGCGAGAGAAAUGCAAAGGAAGAAGAAGGAGAUGAUUGAGAUGGAGGCGGCGAGAGAGGAUGGGAGGUAUAGAAGGAAGUAGGGGUACGAUGCAUUUAGAGACUUUCAGUCACUCAGGCUCUUGUAAGAGAUGUCGCUUUGUUGCACAAGGGGUU